AGUCAACCAAUUUUUUUCAAUAUAACAUUCUGCUACACAUCUACCAACUCUACAUUUCAGCAAUAGGAGCAGUGCCAAAACCCAUCAUGCUUACCGGAAAGACAACACUCAUCGCCCUAGUGGCAGCAUUCCUCUCCUCCUCCACCAAUGCCGCAGUCCUGAACCUGUUCAGCGAUCGCAACUGCAAAACUCCAGCAGGGAACCGCAACGUCUGGGACAACACUUGCGCCCCCGUCGGCGGCUUUCAAUCCUACAUGAUUGUCACGGCCGGAGGCAUCGACCAGGCCGUCACAACUUACAGCCGCAACGCCUGCGCUGGCGACCAAACCACGUGUAACAGCGCCAGCUCAUUGAAUAUCUGCUACCCCGCGUUCAACAGUCAAGGGGGUAGUAACGCCAUUGGAUCCGGUCCUGCUUGCGGCAUUAUUUGAGCGUGAGCUUGGAGUGGAGAGCCAAGGGGGGAUAAAUCGACAUAUCUCAUCCCUUGGCGCUCUAUAAGCAGCAUAUGGUACCAUAGCCGCAGCAAUGACAACGGACGUCCAACUCGAUACGAUCUUUACUGCUGUAUUUGUUACUUGAGUUGUGCGAUGCGCAUUUCUCUGGCCAACAACGUGUCUAUCAUGGAUUUCUGGGUAGACUGGAGGCGAGGGACAUGAGUGAAGUUUUCAGAAAAAGUAGUCUCCCCAAUAUAAACCGAAUGACUGC